UUACAUCUUUCAAUUUUAUCACAACCUUCCAUAACAACUACACAUUGGUAGACGCAAUCUGACGACAACAUCUAAAAAUCAUUGCUGACUUAAUAGGAAGAAGAUGACAGUCUCCUCUCUUUGGAUGAGUGGUAUUUUAAUCUCGAUAUCAAUUGGUAUAGUAGUUGGUGACUGUGAUUUCUACGGCGGUUAUUCCUACUGCUACUACUAUUACGAGAUACCUAUUGGAACAAUAAUCGGAGCCGUGGUCGGAGGAAUUGCCGGAUUAAUCCUGUUGUGUGUCUUAGUCGUUGUUGUCUGUAUAUUCGUCUGUAAAAAGAAAACACCGGGAACAAUCAUUUAUUCCGGGACUGUCAGCUCCACAGUGGCUUCCUCCGCACCAUACAAUUCCUACCCAAACCAUCCUCAGCAACAUGGAUGGGGCGUACAACGCGUACAGCCUAGUGCCCCAAGCUAUCCUGGAUAUGGACAACAGCAGUAUCCACCCCGGGUAUCCCAACCGAUGCCCCCGCCGACCUAUGCCGAGAAUGUGGUCCCGGGACAACCUCCACAGAAUACCAACUAAUUCCAUUGUGUUUUUCUCAAAGAAAUGCUAAUUCUACUGGAUUUUCAGAGUAAUUAAAAGAACUGAGUAUUUGUGCUAGUACGUACACUGACAACUUGAGACCACAUUUAUCUCGUGAUUUUCAUUUAAGAGUCCGACCUAGAAUAAAUAUGACAUUCAUAUUGAAUUUAUUAUUCAUAUUCAUUUUCGUUACACCAUUCUUUAUAACAUUUUGUCAAAUUUUGAGCAAUGCGCUUGCAUAUAUUAGCUUGAUUAAAGAAUCAAUCUAAUUGAAAUUGAUCUUUUGAUCCGCUCACCCAUGAUCGCUACACAAAAGCGAGCGUAAGGGAGCGGAUCAAGAGAUAUAAUGUUACUUGAAUAAAGAAUCACCUU